GCGCAACUGGGCGGGAGCAGAGCGCGCGAGCAGCGACCUGGCCCUGGCCGCACCCUCAGAGCGCCGCGCUCCGUCCAGGUGGAGUGGUCGAUUGAUUUGACCCGAGGAAUCCUAUCGCCAGCGCACUUGCAGAGUCCAGUGCUUCUAUGUUAAACGUGAAGGUCUGUCUCGGCUCGAGUGCCUCGCGGGGUAGUUGUCUAAAGGGUGCGGGGGCUGCGCGUAGUCCAGUCCGGCCGUGACGUGAGUGUCGAGGGUGGUCAGCGGGUGCGAACCGGUUACCACCGGCCUCUCCGACUCCCUGGGUCCCGCCCUCUGUCAGCUCUCCGUCAGUCUUACCCUGCGACGUCGGCGGCGACCACGACGACGACGACGACAUCGAAGACCUCGACGACGUCUUGAUGUGGGCGAAGCUGUCUGCGCCGCUAAGGCACAGAAUGGCUGCGUUCACCGCGGGGCUCCUCGACAAGGCCCCCUCGCGUUGACGUAGAGGACGUCAAACUCGAACCACUCGAACGCAGGCAUGGCGGGCUCGCCGAACUUCAAGGAACCGGCGACCAUCGGCAGCUGGUCUCCGGAGCGGUCCACCUGGGGGCGGGCGAGGAAAGCUUUCCGACAGGAGGCCAAAGAGUUCUGCCUGUUUACCGGCCUGCACGGCUACAAGUACAUCGUGCAGCCAGGAAAGCACCGGGCCGAGCGUUUGUUCUGGAUCCUGGUGGUGACGGUGUCCUUGGUGGCCGCCGUCCUGCUCAUGAUGAUCGCGUACGACUUCAACCGCUCGCACCCGACCAUCCUGGCCGUGGACACGACGCACUACCCGCUGUGGGCCGUGGACGCGCCCGGCGUCACCGUCUGCCCCAGCAACAAGGUGUUGCGCUCCAAGGCGCGGCAGCUCCUCAAGACCAUGGUGCUGCCCGCCGACGUGAGCGAGGAGGAGCUGCUGGACGAAUUGGGGCUGCUCGUCGAGCUGAUCGUGCCGCGCUCCAACAACGCCACCAAGUUCGCCCGCCUCCAGAACAUCCUGGACAAGAACUCGCUCAGCAUCGACGAAGUCAUGAGACAGGUGACGCCCUCGUGCGACGACCUGCUCAUCCGGUGCAUCUGGAAGCGCCGCCAGUGCCUGCACUGCUCCGACAUCUUCCGCCAGGUGCCGACGGCCUACGGCUACUGCUGCAGCUUCAACUAUAUGGACAGGGACCUGGACGCCUACAGGCCCCGAAUGGGCGGCUGCGUCGGGGUGUCGUACAAUCAGGUGCAGCGGCUGUCGGCGUGCGGCUACACCAACGGGCUGUCCGUGACGGUGCGCAUCCAGCCCAAGGAGUUCCUGUCCUCGUUCCUCGCGUCGCACGCCGUCCUGGUGCUGAUCCACAACCCGACCCAGUACCCGGACGGCAACGCGGACCUCAAGAUUGUGGGUGCGGGCACCGUCUCCUUCAUCUCGUACAUGGCCGAGGUGACGCUGCCCAGCGACCGGAUCGCCACCCUCAAGAGCUCCAUUCGCAAGUGUCAGUUCGAGAGCGAGACGUACCUGCCCAUGUUCCGGGCGUACACCUACGAGAACUGCAUGGCCUCGUGCCAGGCCAACCGGACCAUGCAGAAGUGUGGCUGCGUGCCCGUCACCUAUCCGCACAUUUUGCAGAGAAAAAUGUGCACCCUCACGGACGUCCCUUGUAUCGCCUCCCUGCUAACCGCGUCGGGCCCCACCUACGAGCCGUUCAACGCGACGACGUGCCCGCUCUGCCGGCCCCUGUGCGAGAACGUCGAGUACCAGGUAGAGACGUCAGUCGGCGUCCUUCGCACUAGCUCCAUCCCCGAGGGCGAUCCACUCACAAGUGGACUCUUGGGCAUCGAAGAGAACUACGCCUUGUUCCACGUAUUCGCCAAUGACUUGGUCACCACCAAGUACAAGAUGGAUGUGUACAUGACUCGGGAGGAUCUGUUGGGUUCGCUGGGCGGGCUGUCGGGUCUGCUCGUCGGCUUCAGCCUGGUGUCGGGCUUCGAGUUCGUGUACUUCUUCACGAUCCGCCCGUUCUUCCGCAUGCGCGCGCGCCGGGCGGCCAGCCGCGAGGAGAGCCGCACCGCGUCCGCGGCCCAGGACGCCGUCAAGGGCCUGGGGAACUCCGCGUCCUCCAUCACGUCGGGCAGCCCCGGG